AUGUCUGCGACGACGCAGCCGUGGAGGUCGCUGCUCUGCUGCGUGAGCGGCGGCGCGGCGGUUUCGGGCGAGGACGACGGGCCGUCGCCGCCGCCGCGGCGGAGGGGCAGCCGCAGCCGCAGGAGGGACCGGGGGGAGCGGCUCCUGCUGCUGCCGUCCUCGACGUCGGCGUCGCGGGUGUCGCUGUCGAGCCUGGGCUCGUCGGCGGGGACGCUGACGCCCGAGGACCUGUCGCUGACGCUGUCGGGCUCCAACCUGCACGCCUUCACCUACGCCGAGCUGAGGGCCGUCACCGCGGGGUUCUCCCGCGCCAACUACCUGGGAUCCGGCGGGUUCGGCCCCGUCUACAGCGGCCGCGUCGACGCCAGCCUGCGCAAAGGGCUGGACGCGCAGCAGGUGGCCGUCAAGUACCUCGACCUCGACCUCGACGGCACCGGCACGCAGGGCCACCGCGAGUGGCUCACCGAGGUCUUCUUCCUCGGCCAGCUCCGGCACGACAACCUGGUCAAGCUCGUCGGGUACUGCUACGAGGAUGAGCACCGGAUGCUGGUGUACGAGUACAUGAGCAACCAGAGCCUCGAGAAGCACCUCUUCAGAAGUCUCGACGGCUCCAUGCCAUGGAUGAGGAGGAUGAAGAUCGCCGUCGGCGCGGCCAGGGGCCUCGCCUUCCUCCACGACGCGGACACGCCGGUGAUCUACCGGGACUUCAAGGCCUCCAACAUCCUGCUUGACCAGGACUACAACACCAAGUUAUCGGACUUUGGGCUCGCCAAGGACGGGCCUCAGGGUGACGCGACCCAUGUCACGACACGCGUGAUGGGGACCAACGGAUACGCGGCGCCGGAGUACAUCAUGACGGGCCACCUGACCGCCAAGAGCGACGUCUACAGCUUCGGGGUGGUGCUCCUGGAGCUCCUGACGGGCCGGCGGUCCGUCGACCGGGCUCGGCGGCCCAGGGAGCAGAGCCUGGUGGACUGGGCUAGGCCCUACCUCAGGAAGCCCGACAAGCUCCACCGGGUCAUGGACCCGGCCAUGGAGUGCCAGUACUCGUGCCGAGGCGCCGAACGCGCCGCCGUGGUGGCGUACAAGUGCCUGAGCCAGAACCCGAAGUCGAGGCCCACCAUGAGGGAGGUGGUCCAGGCCCUAGAGCCCGUCCUGGACAUGGACGACUACCUCCAGAUCGGCCCAUUUGUGUUCACCGUCGUAGUGGAAGAUGGCAACGGCAAGAGCAACGACAGUGGCGAAGGCAAGGUUGUUGACGGGGAGAAGAAGGUUGACGUGACGAUAGAUACGACGGUGGAGGAGAAGAUGAGCCACCAGGACCGGCACCGGCAGAAGUUCCCCAACUCGGCGGUCCACGCUGACGUGUUGCUGCACCGGGACCGGGACCGGGACGGCGGCGAGCUCGGGCCGCACAUUAGCGCGCUGCGGCGGCACCGGAGGACGUCCAGCUACGUCAAGGAGAGAGGGGCGUAG